AUGGCUGGCCUCUCCUCGUCUGUCAUUCCUGCAGGCCGAUCAAGAUACCGAUUGAACAUCAACAUUCAGACCACCAACUCCUCUCUGCAGUCUGCCUCCAGCCUCAGCUCCAUCGUUGCUAAGAUGAAGACUCUGAUCGCUCUCACUGCUGUGGUGCUGAUCGUUGCUGUUAAUGCUCAGUAUUCCCCCACCACCACUGAAUGCUGUCCAAAACACUACCUCUCCCCAAUACCCGGCAAGAAGGUGGUGUCUUACAUCACAACCAGCAGUAGAUGUAACCUGAAAGCUCAUGUAUUUACAACUGUGGCUGGAAAGGUGUGGUGUGUGGACCCUGACCUUGACUGGGUACAGAAAAUUGUCACCAAGUUGGAUGAGAAGAAUACUGCUGCUACGCCAACCAAGCUGUGAAUAAGGAAUCUUCUUCUGAAGGAUGGGUGGAGCGCACACCAGGAUUAUCCUGACUCUCACCAGAUGAAUUCUUUCCGUCUUGCUCCACAAACUUACCUCGUGUGAGAGCACGAAACUGAGUGGAAAUACACAAUUGGGUCUGGCGAGAGUAAGGCAACAUCAGGCUAUUAUUGUGUAGGCCUAAUACUGUCAUGUGCUGCUUCGGUCUUGCACUACUGUUGUUCUUAGUUAAUUGUUCUAUGAAAACAAUUGGGAAAUUGCAUGUUGUUUACAUUUUGGGUUUAUUUUUGUAAUAAUUAAUUAUGAAUACUUUGUGGAAAUAAAUAAUUAAAAUUAAUAUUUGUAAUAAAAUAUUUUAAAAUGAACUAAA